AUGGGAUUCCCCGCGCGCGGCCGUGUUUUUAUCUCCAUCAUCACGCGCGCGCGCGUGGCAGCCCCGGCGGCGCCGCCCGCGCCGCCGCCGCGGCCCGCGACCUGGGCCGAGUUCGCGUUCCCCGCGGAGGGCGACGUGCUGGAGUUCUGCGAGCUCUGCGUCUGGCUCUUCGAGUGCUUCGUCUGCAUGGCCGGCUUCGCGAACCUCCAGACCUUCGCCAUCUACCCGCUCUACAGCACGGCCUUCGCGACGGCGCUCAUCAAGGGCGCCGAGUGCUUCGUCAUCGGCAAGUUCGCGCCGCCGCCGCCGGCGCCGGGCGCCGCGGACGAACGCGACGCGUCGCCGCCGCCGCGGCGCCGGACGCUGUCCUCGGGGUCCCACGGCUCGCCGAAGCGGAACCGCAAGGGCAGCCGCUGA